GCACAACAGGCAUGCCUCAAAUGAUGGGUCAGACUGCACGACCGAUGGGACCACAACCAAUGCCCGUAUUGGGUCCUUUGAGUGAUCCAUCACUUGACCCUCGAGUACGUUCCCUAAUCUUAUCAAAAGGCUACAAUCCAUCGCCUUCAACUUUCAACAUCAAUCCGCCUCAAGCAAGGUUUUUUGUUAUCAAGUCUUUCACGGAAGAUGACGUACAAAGAAGUUUGAAGCAUGAAAUCUGGGCGUCAACUGAGAAAGGUAAUCAAAGACUAGACCGAGCUUACAAGGAAAGUAGCAAUGACGGUCCUCUAUACCUUUUCUUCAGCGUGAAUGCAAGCGGACACUUCUGCGGAGUAGCUGAGAUGUUGACGCCGAUUGACUAUUCGUCCAACUCCAACGUCUGGGUUCAAGAAGGCAAAUGGAAGGGAACAUUCAAGGUGAAAUGGAUCUACGUAAAAGAUGUUCCAAACAACAAAUUACGACACAUCCGUUUAACGAACACCACAGAAUGCAAACCGAUCACCCAAUCAAGGGAUACGCAAGAAUUGCCGUCUGAUGGAGGAAGACAAGCUUUGAAAAUUAUUGCUGAAUAUCAAAGUAGAACGACUUUAUUGCAAGAUUGGCUCUUUUAUGAACAACAAGCCGUUCAGCAGAACCAACAACAAACCCAGCCACUAGUCGAUCGUUCCAAUGAGAAAAUUGACGAUUCUCACAACAAUGGCGGACGCUUAGAAUCCGCUUCCAUGCGACAUACAGGAUCUGCAUCCAACAUGCGCAAGUCAAACAACGUAGAAGGUAUCCCUUACGCUGCCUAA